AUUUCCACGCAAAACAUAAAUAAACCGGCAUGUUACGUUAUUUUUCUCCAUUCAAUCUGUCGAAAUGCACCGUGUUGUGGUGGUGGUGGUGACGUUCUUUUUAUUUUGCUUGGAAAGUGAAACCGCGAUAAUUAAUAAUGUAAAUGGUGAAGUACACGGGGCGCCAAAUAGCGUAGCUUCGCAAGGAAAUUCAGUUCUGCAUCGUGCUGCAUCGAAUGGAGAAGUUCAUCAAGUAACCGAUAUCCUUGACAAAUAUAUUAGUUCCAGGAACAGCGCUGGAAGGUCUCCACUUGACCUUGCUGUUAUAGGUGGACACCUAAAUGUCGUAGUAGCAUUACUAUCCAGAGGAGCGCCUGUUAAUUCAAUGGACAACGAAGGCAAUACUGCACUGCAUCAUGCCGUCGAGCGAGGAGAUGUUGAUAUUAUUAGCGCUCUUCUCAGUAAGGAUGCUGAUACUACAAUCAGGAACAAGGAGGAUGAAACUCCUUUAAAUAUAGAAAUUCAAAGAGAAAACGUGAAUGUUGUAGAAUUGUUAUUGAACGGAGGGGCUUCGGUUAAUUUGGCAGACAGAAAUGGCAAUACCCCUCUACAUCAGGCUGUUCAGCUCGGCGCCGAUGCUAUUGUUGCCGCAAUCCUCAAAAAAGCGCCAAAUACUAGUCUCAAGAACAAGGAUGGUCAAACUCCAUUGGAUAUGGCGGUACUGAGCGGAAAUUUAAAUGUUGUCAAAUUACUUUUGAAUGCCGGAGCGUCUCCUGAUAUACCAAACGAGUAUGGCUUUAAUGCGUUACACAUCGCCGCAUGGCAAGGAACCGAUGCCAUUGUUGCCGCAAUUCUUGAAAAGAACCCCAAUACUAGUCUCAAACAUAAAGCAGAUCAAACCCCAUUGGAUGUGGCGGUUAUGAGGCAACAUUUAAAUGUUGUCAAAUUACUCUUGAACGCCGGAGCGUCUCCUGAUAUACCCAAUAAGGAUCACGGCGGCAGCGCGCUACACGUCGCCGUUUGGCUAGGAGCCGAUGCUAUAGUUGCCGCUAUUCUUGAAAAGGCUCCAAAUACAUCUCUCAGAAAUAAAGCUGAUCUAACCCCUUUGGAUACGGCAGUGCUUAGAGGACAUUUAUUUGCCGUCAAAUUACUUUUGAAUGCAGGAGCGUCUUCUGAUAUACCAAAUAAAGAUGGCAACAAUGCGUUACACAUCGCCGCACGGCAAGGAGCCGAUGCCAUUGUUGACGCAAUCCUCGAAAAGAAGCCAAAUACUACUCUCAAAAAUAAAGCAGAUCAAACUCCAUUGGAUGUCGCGGUCAUGAAGGGACAUUUAAAUGUUGUCAAAUUACUUUUGAAUGCCGAAGCAUCUGCUAAUAUACCUAAUAACGACGGCAACAACGGCGGCAACACGGCAAAUCAAACUCCUUUGAUGAUAGCGGUGCUUAAAGGACAUUUAAAUGCUGUCAAAUUACUUUUGAGUGCCGGAGCGUCUGCUAAUAUACCGAAUAAAUAUGGCAACACUGCGUUACACCUCGCCGUAUGGCACGGAGCCGAUGCCACUGUUGCCGCGAUUCUUGAAAAGCAGACAGAUACCAGUAUAUUUGGAUUCCUAGGUACUCUGCAAUUACUUGCAGACCUGGGAGCGGCUGCUGCCAACAGAUCUAGCGACGCCGAUCUACACCUGACCAUGGACGACGCACUUGUUGCUGCUCUUUUAGAAAAUGGGGCAAAUAGUACACUCCAAAACAAGGCGAAUCUAACUGCGUUAGACAUGGCGGUUCUAAGGCAUCAACUAAAUGCGGUGAAGUUACUUUUAAACGCCGGAGCACCUGUUAAUUCACCAGUGUACUAUGGCAAUACUGCGCUACAUUUUGCUGCGUGGUACGGAGAUGAGGCAAUUAUUACCGCAUUGGUUAGUAAAGGCGCCGACACCACCCUUAGGAACCAAUGGGGCGUUACACCAUUUGAUGUUGCUUCUGCACGCGGACACGUGAAAGUGGCAAAUGAAUUGCUCAAGUCAUAAAAUAAUGUAAACUAAAACACUUGUGAGUUGUGACAAUAUCAUAGAAACAUAAGGGUAGUGAAUGACAAAUUUUAGAGCACUCAAAAGGGCACUGUCUGAGAGUACUUAGGAUCUUUGAACCGGCGAAUGAAUGAAAAAGUUGUUAGCACGAUCUCUGAAUUCAUGGAAUUUGCCAUCAAAACGGCUGGUGGUAUGCGAGCGACUUCUGGGAUAGGACCGUGUCAAUGUUGAACGCAAAGUCAACGUUUCGUCCACUUUCGUAAGGGGCUUCAUCAGGAGAAGAAAACACAAAUUAACAAUCAAAAAUAAAGUAAAAUAGGUACAUAUCUUAUUCACUUAUAAUACUCCUGAAAAGAAGCCAAAAAGUCCACAGUUCCACAAAAUUAGGUGUUUCAGAGAUAGAUUAUUGAUUAAUGGAUAAUUUAUUCGUGUUGUUUACCUUUGAAGCAUCGGUUACCAUGGAAAUAAUUAUUGAUACAAGUACACGUUGGAACACUGAAAAAGAGAAGGCUAAACCUAGCUAUUUCAACCUAUUCCGUCAGGAGAAAUUUGAGAAAAUGACCCAUCAGCCAGUGAGAUAACAGAUUUCUAGAGCGGAGAAAGUGACCAUCCAUCGUCAAGUUGUUUGGGUGUUCUCAAUGCCCUCCUGGAUUUUUCUUUGAUAGAAGAUGGGAGAAUGGGAUAGAGGCUUCUUGAAACAAAGUAUAGCGGCCGUUUUUAAUUAGAGCUAUGAUGAACUGGAACAUGUCGUUCGUGCUCUGAAAUUCGAGUUCUAACUGAUCUACCAGUUUCGUCGAUGUAACGUGAACCACAAGAACAGUGAAGGCGAUGUAAAAUAAGAGUUCGAAUUUUACUCUUCUCUUUCUUAGUGUUCCAACGUGGGCACUUUAAUCUUGCUCCCGUUGACUCAUUGGUAAGAGUUUUGAUAUAUCUUCCUUUAUUUUUGAUUGCCCCUUAUCGUUGACACGGUCCUAUGGGCCAGUGUGGCUUGAAUGCUUUAAUUUUGCACUGACUGCCCUAGCCAUUGGUAGUACCCAGUUCUUUGAAUUUUGUUUAUUCUGAGGUGAAGCGGUAACUUAGUUAAAUUAGAUUUGGUUUAAUUUUUUCGAUUGUUCGUAGAAAUAACUAAAGAAGUAAUUUUCAUAUUAAAUUAUUUAGCGAA